AUGCCGUUUAAGCCGCACGAUUUGAACAUGCCGUCGAAUAUGCCACCGAGUUUCAUCAAAAACGGAAGCACUAUGAAAUUACUAAUAAUUGCAGUAUUACUGGCAUUUAAUGCCUCCAUAGCAGUUUGUCAAGAGCUCAACAAUCAACUUAACCAAUACAUUGAUGCCGUACAAAGAUCAACGCACACCAACAAUUGGGCUGUGCUCGUAGAUGCCUCACGAUUUUGGUUUAAUUAUCGUCAUGUGGCCAAUGUUUUGUCCAUUUAUCGUUCGGUGAAACGUUUGGGUAUACCCGAUUCACAAAUUAUACUUAUGAUUGCCGAUGAUAUGGCAUGUAAUCCACGCAAUCCACGUCCUGGUCAGGUCUAUAAUAAUGCCAAUCAACAUAUUAAUGUUUAUGGUGAUGAUGUAGAGGUAGAUUAUCGUGGUUAUGAGGUGACAGUGGAGAAUUUUGUACGUCUACUGACUGGGAGGACACAAAAUGGCACAGCACGCUCUAAGAAAUUACUUACCGAUGCUGGUAGUAAUGUGCUGAUUUAUUUAACUGGCCACGGUGGUGACGGAUUUCUUAAAUUCCAAGAUUCCGAAGAAAUUACAAGUCAAGAGUUGGCCGAUGCCGUAGAACAAAUGUGGGAGAAGAAGAGGUAUAAUGAACUAUUCUUAAUGGUGGAUACAUGCCAAGCUGCAUCCUUGUAUGAAAAAUUCACUUCUCCCAAUAUAUUAGCUGUUGCUAGCAGUUUAGUGGGAGAAGAUUCACUAUCGCAUCACGUUGACUCCUCCAUUGGUGUAUAUAUGAUUGAUCGUUAUACCUAUUAUGCAUUGGAAUUUUUGGAAAAGGUUCAACCGAAUAGCGAUAAAACAAUGGGAGAAUUUUUGAAAGUCUGUCCAAAACGUCUAUGUAUUUCAACAGUGGGUGUACGCAAAGAUUUAUAUCGACGUGAUCCAAAUAAAGUUCCUAUUACUGAUUUCUUUGGUUCGAUACGGCCAACGGAAAUAACAACAGGUCGUGUUAAUAUUACACUGACUGAAGAAGAAGACUUUAUCGAGGCCCUACGGCAGCAGGAAGAAACAAAUUCCCAACAUUCCAAUUUCAAUGUACAAUUCGAGCAGCAAUUUCCCAAAGAUUUAUUUAAUUAAUAA